UCUUUUCGCGAUACGGCUAUCGAUAAGCGGCGCCGGUAGGGGCGGGGCAGCACUGCAGCACAGCGCGCUCCGCUCGUCUCUCCGGUACAUUUCCCGUUCAUACGCACGCACGCACGCUCUUCGCGCGGGUGUACUGCGAGCGAGCGAGCGAGGCGGUCCGGAGCCCAUGCCUUCUUCAUCCGUCAGGGCUCUGUCUCCCUAGCACCACACACAUCGGUUAGCAGGAAGGGAAGGCUCGGUCGGCGCAAACGCGCGUCCCCGAUGGAAUUCCAGUCUGUGACCUCCGCUAUCACCGGGCGGAGAGCGGGGGGGCGGCCAACGGAGAGCAGGAGAGCCCCGCUGCUUUACUACCGAAUGUUUCCACCCAACCGGUCGCGCUGCUGCUGCUGCUGCUGUUCCCGCGUGAGGGGUCCGUGUGUGUCGACAUAGGAGGAGGAGGGAUGAAUGAGAUGCGAGGCGAGUAAAAGUUGAUCGGUUUUUUUUUCCGGGGAGAUCGUUCAGCGUCAACGGCAGGAUUAUUCCCACUAUCGCCCCCCAGUCUGGGAAGUUCCCUUGGGGGUUAUGGCUUCAGGCGCCGGUAAGGCUGCACAGUCCCCCGGGCCGGGAUCCACGGUGAACGGGACUGCGGCAGAGUUCCCGAAGGCUGACCACGAGCUGUACGACGACCAGAUGCAGAUCAAGAUGUGCAAGAAGAUAGCGCAGCUCACGAAGGUGAUUUACUCGCUGAACAUGAAGAACGAGGAGCAGGAGUCCGCCCUGCAGUCCCUGACCUACGCCCACCAGCAAGAGCUGCACCGCAUCGUCAUGGAGACCUGCAACGAGGGGGAGGGCUCUCUGCUGAGGACACGCCUCCUGGAGCUCCAGGAGUCCCUGGACCAGCAGCAGAGGGUCGGGGCCCAGAUGCAGGCCGACUUUGAGUGUUUCCGGGCGCAGCGUGAGGAGAGGGAGCGCGAGAGCGAGGGGGAGCUGAGGAAGGAGUUCGAGGAGAAGCUGCGGCUGGCGGACGAGGAGCUCCAGGCCGCCCGGACCCAGCUGGGCUCCGCCCGCGACGAGAGCCAGCGCCUGGGCCAGGACCUGCAGGCGGCCGGCGAGCGCGUCCGGGAGCUGGAGGCCCGGUGCGACCAGCUCCACCGGGCCGAGGGGGAGAGGAAGAGCGAGGAGGAGGAGGAGAAGGCGCACGCCCAGGAGGAGAGGAGGAAGGAGGAGCGGGAGGACUCGGAGCGGCUCAACGCUCUGGCGGGGGAGGUGCGGGCGCUGACGGAGGAGAAGGAGCGGGCGGAGGCGGAGAGGCGCCGGGCCGUGAGGGAGGAGAAGGAGGCGUGGGAGACGCGGGUGAACGCUCUGAACGAGGAGAAGGACGAGGUCCGGCGGAGGGUGGAGGCGGAGCGGCGGGAGGAGCGCCGCCGGUGGGAGGAGCGGGAGGAGGAGGAGAAGAAGGGCAUGCACAGCGCGCUGAGGGAGCGCGUGAAGAGGGCUGAGGCGGAGGCGGAGGGACACCUGGAGAGGCUGGGCGAGGGCAAGCGGGGCGCGCUCAAGCUGCAGGAGAGGAUCCAGGACCUGGAGGAGGAGCUUGAGCUGGGGCGGAGGCGUGUCUCUGAGGCAGAGGGCGGGGCUAAGCGUGCAGAGGAGGAGCUUGCCGUGGCCAAGGAGAGGCUACUGCUGCAGGAGGAUGAACUGCAAAGCACAGCAGAGGAGUUGCUGAGCCGCGGGGGCUGCCAGGUGUGUGUGUGUGCGGAGCUGGAGGAGGUGCAGAACCAGCUGAGUCGGCUUCAGAGUCGGAACAGAGAGCUGGAGCUGCAGAGCAACGGCAAGAAGAGCGACCAGGCCCGGCAGAUACGCCAGCACGCCGAGGCCCUGUCCAGCCUGCGCUCGGAGAUGGUGCGCGCCCAGACGGAGGAGCUGCGGCGCGUGCAGAAGCACGCGGACAACGAGCGGGACAAGCUGCAGAAGGAGCUGGAGCGCGAGCGCGACGCCCUGCAGCGGGAGCGCGAGCACGAGAAGGAGCAGACGGAGAAGGAGCGCCACCGGCUGCGCAAGGACCGCGACGAGGAGAAGCAGGCGCUGCUCAAGGAGGCGGAGGAGCGGCGGGAGCGGCAGCGGCGGGAGGCGGACGAGGAGGCGGAGCGCCUGCGGAUGGAGACGGAGGUGGAGCGGGUGCGCGUGCGCUCGCAGCUGGACGGCCACCGGGAGCAGCUGGAGGCGGAGAAGGGCCGGCUGCAGCAGGCGCUGGAGGCGGAGAAGCAGCGGCUGUGGGAGAAGGCGGAGGAGGACCGGCGGCGGCUGAAGGAGCAGGUGCGGCGGGCCAUCGAGGAGGUGAUGAGGAGGCACGCCGCCGAGCUGCAGUGCGUGCAGGAGGCGCUGAGCUCCGAGAGGAAGACCAACCAGGAGGUGUGCGCUCGUCUGGAGGAGGAGAGGAGGAGCAACGGGGAGAUGCGGCGCGGGCUGGAGAGAGAGAGGGAGGACCUGAGAUCACAGCUGCAGGACGCCACCAACGAGUCCCGCCGGCUGGAGUCUGCGCGGAAGGAGGCGGAGACCAAGACGCCGGGCGCGGAGGAAGCCCCGCCCACCUGCGGCCCCGGCUGCUCGCGGCUGAAGGAGGAGCUGCAGCAGGCUCAAAGCCGAUUGUCCCGCGUGCAGCAGGACGGGGACAAGCACCGGGAGCGGCAGCAGAAGGAGCUGGGGACCCUGAGGGCCGACCGGCACCGGCUGGAGGAGAAGGUUCUGGAGCACAGCCGGCUCAACACCGAGAGGAGCCUGCUGGAGCAGAGCCAGCGCAAGACCGAGGACAAGAUCAGGGCGGAGUGCGAGGAGCGUCUGCGGGCGGAGUUCCGGAUCGAGCUGAACGCGGCGGUGGCGGAGGGAGAGCAGCGCUGGGCUGGCCGCGAGGAGGAGCUGCAGAGCCAGGUGGAGGAGCUCAGGGGCCAGGUGGAGGGGCCCCAGAGCCCGCAGGCCGAGAAGAAGAGGGCGGGUCUAGGUGAUGACUGCCAUGGCAACCCUGAGAUUGACAGGCUGAGGAAGGAGGUCCAGGACACCAAGGAUAUCAACAAGAAACUUAGAGAUCAGCUGCAGGGCCCGCACACGCAGUCCCUGGCAGAGGAGAGGCACAGCCACGCCAUGUCGCUGCAGGCCCUGGAGAGGCUGGCGAAGGACGACCUGCAGUCGGAGAGGAGCCGGCUGCAGACGCUCCACCAGCUGCAGCUAGAUAAGCAGCGUGCAGAGCUGACCCAGCAGCACACAGAGUGGAGCCGGCAGAUGACCCAGAGACACAUGCAGCAGAUAGAGGACCUGCAGGCCGAGCUGCAGACCCACACACAGAUGAUGGCCCUGCAGCAGGACCUGAAGCAGCAGAACCAGUGGCAGGUGUUUGAGCGCCAGCUGGAUGAGAGUGGCUGUCUGGUGCUGGAGCUGCAGAGGGAGAACGCAACGCUGAGGGAACAGCUCAAGGAAAGGGCCAUCCUGGAAAAAUCCGAGACGGAGGAGAAGGAGAAGGAGAAGGCGGAGUCGCUGAAGCAGCGAGACGCGCAGCUGGAGGAGGAGGCCCAGCGGCUGAAGGAGGAGGUGGAGAAGCUCCGGGUGGAGAUGGAGAAGCUGGAGGAGUCCCAGAAGAACUGGGAGGACAGGAAGGAGGAGGAGACCAAGGAGGAGGAGGACGAGCUGCGGAAGAAGGAGGAGCACGAGCGCAGGCGGGGUGAGGUGGAGGAGAUCCGGAGGAAGCACAGGAAGGAGCUGCAGAGUCUGGCCUCCGAGUACAGCAGCGCCCAGACACAGCUGCAGGCCCGCAUCGCCGCCCUGGAGACGGAGCUCCGGGAGCGGGAGGACAGGUGCAGGAAGAGAGAGAGCCGCUUCGACGACCUGCAGUUAGGACGGCUUCAGGACAGGCUGACCGAGAGAGACGAGCUCAUCAAGCAGCUAGUGGACGAGCGCCACCUGCUGCAGGUGCACCCCCCGGAGUCCGGGGACAACGGCAGAGAGAGCGCCUGGCUCCGCGAUAAGCCCCGCCCCGGCAGCAGCACGCCCACCAUGGGGAGGAAGCAACCGGAGGAGCCGCCGCCGCGCCUGGGCUCCGCCCCCGCCGCCGCCGCCUCCUCCUCCUCCUUCGACCGGGUCCUCUUCCCGCCGCACUCGGCCUCCCCGCCGCUGACGCAGCGCGCCUCCUCCACCCUCCCGCACUCCUCCGCCUCCCACCCCCACUACUCCACCUCCUCGCUGCCGCACAAGCACACGCCGCUCUCCCUGGGGCCGCACGCCUCGCCCUCGCUGCCCCGCUCGGGGGCCCGCGCGCAGCGCAGCUCCUGCACCCCGCCCACCCCGGCGCCCACCGCCCCGCUGCCCGUCUGCCCCUCCCCCCAGAUGGGCAUCCGCUACGUCAAGCCAUCGUCGUCCCGGGAGACGCGCCCGCACCCGCCGCAAGGCCAGCACGCCAGGGGGUCCUACCUUGAGAGCAGAGGUGGCGGCGGGACGGAGGGGGUGAAGCAGGAGUGGUACACCAAAUACUUCUCCUUCUGA